CGCCGCUGUGAAGACGGUAACUUCUCCGCUCUGUAGCCUCCGCCCCCCCCCAUAGCGCCGUCUGUAAAGUUGGUUUAAAUUGGUUGGCAACAGGAUUGGCUGGUGUCCUCAGCAUCUUAAGGGAAACAAACGCCACUGUUUUGGUUACAGGUGGUUGUUGUUGAUUGGGCUCAGCAUGGCCGUGGUCAUCCGCCUGCAGGGUCUCCCCAUUGUGGCGGGGACCAUGGAUAUCCGCCAUUUCUUCUCUGGAUUGACCAUUCCUGAUGGUGGCGUGCAUAUUGUAGGUGGUGAACUUGGUGAGGCUUUCAUCGUUUUCUCCACAGAUGAAGAUGCCCGGCUUGGGAUGAUGCGGAGUGGGGGGACUAUUAAAGGCUCCAAAGUCUCACUCCUAUUGAGUAGUAAGACUGAAAUGCAAAACAUGAUUGAGCUGAGCCGAAGGCGUUUUGAGACAGGGAAUGUGGAUAUGCCACCAGUGGGCUCGAGCAGACCUGGGCCACCUAGUAAUACUGGUAUGAGUGGACGGGGGAAUUUGCCUUCUACCAUAUCUAACCUAAGCACUCCAACUUUGGUCACUACUACUUCCUCAAUACAUGAAGGCAUGGGUAAUAAAAAUGUGCCCACCUUUUCUGCUGCCAGCAUGGGAAACACACCCUCAAGCCACAACCCCACUUUCAGCAGCCCAGGGUUUAGCAUGGGUUCAACAAUGCCCAGCACUAUGCCACCAUUAAAUACAAUGAACUCUGUGCCCCCCUUGCCACCACUUCCUCCUUUACCUACAAUACAAUCACUACCACCAAUGCCUUCAAUUCCUCCCAUUGGUGUGAUGCCAACAAUGCCACCAGUGCCCCCCCUUCCACCUAUAGCACCUCUUGCUCCUAUUCCUCCAAUGCCACCUAUACCUCCGAUGCCAAGCAUGCCACCCAUGCCUAUGAAUACAAGUAGCGGUCUUUCUCUAGGAGGCACUGGCCCCAGUGGAAUGAAUGGCUCAGGGUCUGCAGUGGGGAUUGGUAGUAAUUUAAAUUCCAUGUACCUGGGCCCCUUGGGUUCUUUGGGUCCCAUCAACCCAAUGAAUUCCCACAGUUCAUUGAAAGGACCCCCUCCAGUCAACCCCGAUGACCUGUACAUCCAUCUCUACGGAAUGCCAUAUGCUGCCACUGAGGCUGAUGUGAGGGAUUUUUUUCAUGGACUUAGAAUUGAUGCAGUGCACAUGAUGAAAGACCACUUGGGUCGCAGUAAUAGAGACGCGAUUGUGAAGUUUUAUGGUCCCUCUGACACUUUUGAAGCUUUGAAACGGCACGGAAAGAUGAUGAUGGGCCAGAGAUUUGCCAAUGUGUUCCCUGCCACAGAGAGACAGUGGCUGAACCUCACAUCUAACUUCAGUCUAACCAAACACGUGGGCCUUCCACCAGCAAGCGUAGGCCAUUAUGGACAUAACCAGCCGCCAUUUCACACGUCUCGAUCUGAAUCCCCAAGCAGGCGGGAAAGGUCACGAUCCCGUUCUCCUCAUGACAAGGAGUUCUGUGUCUAUCUGAAAGGCUUACCUUAUGAAGCUGAGAACAAGCACAUCAUGGAGUUCUUCAGUAAACUAGAGCUCAUUGAGGACAGUAUCUAUAUAGCUUAUGGACCAAAUGGGAGAGCAACUGGAGAAGGCUUUGUGGAAUUUAAGACUGUCAUUGAUUAUCAAGCAGCCUUGUGCCGCCACAAGCAGUACAUGGGCAAUCGUUUCAUCCAGGUUCACCCAAUCACUAAAAAAGCAAUGUUAGAGAAGCUGGAAAUGAUUCAUAAAAGAACCCACAGUUUUAUGCAAAAUGAACAGAAGCGAGAUAUGGUAAAGAUUGAAGGAGAAGCAAUCGGUUGCCCAAAGGUUUGUGGCCACAUCUGGAAUAUUCCCUAUAACGUAACCAAAAGUGAUGUGUUCCAGUUCUUGGAAGGCAUUGGCUUAGCAGAAAAUGGGGUCCACAUUCUGACUGACAAUAACGGGCAAGGCCUAGGACAGGCGUUGGUGCAGUUCCUGUCUGAAGAGGAAGCCCAGAAAGCCGAGCGACUCCACCGCAAGAAACUGAAUGGCCGCAAUGCAUUUGUCCAGCUCAUCACGCUCGAGCAAAAGCACGAGAUGGAGAAAAACCCCCCUUUCCAAGGCAAAGGCCAAAAGGUUCCCAGUCAAGGGGGUCCUGAGCUUCCUUUCCUUCAGAAUGUGGGAGGAGACCCAGGUCCUCUGUCAGGUGGCAAUCCAGGUAAUAGUCUUAAUGGCCCCAUACCACUAUUCAACCCUGGCAGCAGCUUUGGGGGAUCAAGCAGUAUAUUUGGGCCUGGGCCUGGAUCAGGACCUGGGGCUGGCAGUGGUAUUGGUGAGGGGCCAUUGGGAGGGCCUGGCUUUGGAAGCAGCAAUGUGGGCAGCUUCCCUGGACCAGGAAUGGAGUCUGGCUUUGGAGGCGGCCCUUUGAAUCCCAACAGCCCGACUGUGGUGAAAGUUCAGAAUUUGCCCUUCAAAGUCUCAGUGGAUGAGAUCUUAGAUUUUUUUUACGGAUAUCGUGUGAUUCCAGACUCAGUGUGUCUGCAGUUCAACGAGCAGGGCAUGCCUACAGGGGAAGCCAUGGUAGCAUUCGAAUCCUGCGAUGAAGCAAUGUCAGCUGUAGUCGACCUCAGUGACAGACCAAUAGGAUCGAGGAAGGUCAAACUGGUCUUGGGAUAGACCAGAAUAUGAAGUGACACUAUGGCUUCUAUGGUUGGUCGCCUUUAGUACAGUUAUUAAACCAAUAGGUUGACUGAGAUUCCGCUAGCCUCUAACUUACAAGUCUUUGCAAGAGACUUGGUCCAGGCUAUCUGGAUUCCAAAUGAGAAAUAGUUAAGUGUACACCAUUGACAAUGUAGACCCAACAAAAGCGGGCUUUGUGUAGAUCCAUGGAACUGUUAGUGUGCUAGUACAUUUUGGCCAGCUUAAAGCCUCAGCACAGAUACACAUUAGAUAAUGUUAUAGUUGGGUCCCUUUGUUAUUACCAAUUCUUUAUACUUUAGUUCUGGCGUCCUGAUUUGACAUUUGGGAGAUGGGAGCUGGGUCUGUGCCUGACAGUGCCGGCUAUACCUGGAGACAGUUUUACAGAAUUGCGUAUAGAAAUGGUGCAAAUCAAAGUUAGGCUGAGAUUGGUAGUUUUUUCCAAAGUGACAUGAAUUAUAGUUUGUGCAUGUGGGUAUUGCAUUGACUUUACCAUUUAGACAGUGGAAUUGUAGCAACUAGCGUGUAAAUCAGUUGAAAUGAGUUUUUAGUGUUGUGCAUGUUGAGCCUUUUUGUUUUGAACAGUCCUUUUUUUGAUAUGGAAAAAAAAUCUGUGAGCAGCCAGCCGAUUCUGAUCUCUCUGUACAUGUACAGUAUAUCGCAGGUUAAGUUGUCCCACUUGUGUGUUUAACGUGAACUUGUACCAAUGUAAUAGCCCAAGGGUUGAUGUUUACCUGCUGGUGACAGUACCUAGCAACUCAUUCACAGCAAGAGCUGCCAGAUUGUUCACAGAGCAAUGUGCGUACUUUUAUUUUGACCACUACAGGUAGAUUUGUGUGUUUUUUUUUGCUCUAGGAUUUGGCCACAACCAACCUUUUAAUGCUUGGUGGUAAUCUUUCUGCAUUAAUACUUUUUUUUUAAAAAAUGUUUCAUGUGGUUUGUUUGUGAACGGCAUAUAUACAAAAAAAAGUAAUUUUCUAACAAAUUGAGUGGAAUUAAUUCUUGUAAGCCAGAUCUGUUUAAGUAGUAAGUCCCACUGGCACGUCCUCUCUUUGGCACAAAGUUCAAUGAUUUGGAUCCGGAUGCUAUACUAGUGGAGAUUUAAUACAACUAGUACUGUAUUUUGAAAUUUUUUUUAAGCAAAUGUGAGCUGGGUAGUCCCGCCGUGCCCUGUGCUGAGAAAUGCUGUACAGACUUGGUAAUCAACAAUCCUACUGUAUCAUAUCCAUAAGUUUUUGUAAAACCUACAAAAUAAAUCAAUCAGUAACUGAUGUUUUUUUUAAUACAAAUUUACCCGUUUGACUUUUGAAGAGUUUUCCUGAUGUUUUUUGCAAAUGAUGUAGAGAGAGAUGUGACGUGUCUACACUCACUACACCACUGUACAGUGAGAAAGGACUGCAUUUCUCCACUGAGCAUCUGUGAAAGGUCCCAGGACAUGAGAUUUUUCAUCCCUGUGGCUUUGUGUGUGUGAUUUUUGGUGGGGUGGGGAGGAACCAAUUGGUUUCCGUACCUGGGUGAUGUCUCUUCUAGUUACUUGGCGAGCAAGUUGUCUUCUGCCAUACAAAUUGGGUCUUAAGAUUACUGGAAUACUUUUAUCUUGGGUAAAGCCAAGCUGAGCUCUGUAAUGUUCUGAAUUCAAAGUCUGCUCAGUGGGUUAAUGUUACAGUCCACAUCAGCCACAUAUUGUACGAACGGCAUUGCUCUUUGUCAUCAGGGUUCCUGGCGGUACUUACUGCUGAAAUCUUUGUAUCAGCACCAGUUGCGUUUAAAGAUUAUCUUUGUAAUUUGCAGACUGAUGAAUUUUGCUUUUACAGCUAUUUGGUGAGAUCAGUUGGCAAAUAUUUGAACUCUGAACCAUUAUGUAAAAGAACACGAUGUACAUAUAUCAUUAUCCUCUGCAGCUUUUUGUCAAUAAAAUGCAUUCCAUGACAAUAAAGGAAAUAGCUUCUGUAGGUUUAGCUGUAAA